AAGGCUAAAACGGGAGUAGGAAAGAAGACACAGAUCAAAACAGAGUUGUGGUCAAAUCAACAGAGCGAGACUAUCAAGGAGGUCAAGGAUGCAAGAAAAUGACUUUUCCUUCUACAUAGAAUAGCUCAAAGUUGUAUUUGAGUAGAUAAUUUUGACGUGCAUCUACGUUUACCUGCUCAUUCGUUGCCCUGGACCUGCUGAGGAAGACAAGCGGCCGGUGCAGGGCCACCAGCAAGAGGAGACGACGAGCGGCGGCCAGGUCGAGCAGGAAGCUUGAGCAGCGACUCAGAGUCGUGAUGAGGACAGCGCGCCGGGCGAGCAACGUGGAGGUGCCCUCCUUCCUCCGCCAGCUGGUUAAAGAAACCGGGAAGAUGGUCACCUUCUUCUUCAAAGGCGGCUCGAGAGAGAAGGGGCUAGAGGAGGAGGAAGAGGACGACGACGACGCCAUGCCCAGCCCGUACCUGGAGCGGCCCAUUUUGGAGAAGCACGUGUCCGAGGGGGGGUCCCGGUCCGGGGUGAACUAUGCGGUGGCAAACAUGCAGGGCUGGAGGGCUCAGAUGGAAGAUGCGCACACGUGCAUGCCUCAGAUGACAGGGGAGCUGAGCGAGUGGGCCUAUUAUGCUGUGUUUGACGGCCAUGCUGGGAGCACAGUGGCCCAGUAUUGCUCCAGGAACCUGCUGGACCACAUCCUGGCUACAGGUGGGGUUAAAGCAAGUGAAGACCCCGAGCAGGUGAAGGACUGCAUCCGUGAGGGGUUCCUGGACAUCGACACCCACAUGCACAAACUGGCCCGAGAAGACAAUUGGGAUCGAAGCGGCACCACGGCGGCCGCCGUCAUGAUCUCCCCGCGCUACAUCUACUUUAUCAACUGCGGGGACUCUCGCACCCUCCUCUGCCACAACGGCCAGUUGGUCUUCUACACGGAAGACCACAAGCCCUUCAACCCCAGGGAGAGGGAGCGCAUCCAGAACGCCGGCGGCUCGGUGACCCUGCAGCGCAUCAACGGCUCGCUGGCCGUGUCCAGAGCCCUGGGAGACUUCGACUUUAAGGAGGUAGACUGGAGGCCGCAGACCGAGCAGCUGGUGUCGCCCGAGCCCGAAGUGUACGAGUUGGAGAGGACGGCCCAGGACGAGUUCGUCAUCCUGGCCUGUGACGGCGUUUGGGACGCCAUCGGGAACGAGGAACUGUGCGCUUUUGUACGCAGCCGACUGCAGGUGUGCGACGACCUGAGAGAAAUUUGUACGCAAGUCAUCGACCUCUGUCUCUACAAGGGCAGCUUGGACAACAUCAGCAUCAUCAUAGUGUGCUUCCCGGGCGCCCCCCAGCUGUCAAAAGAAGCACUGCAGCAGGAAGCAGCUCUGGAGCAACAUAUUGACAUGAAAGUGGAAGAAAUCAUCCAGAUGAUGAAGUCCAAAGAUGAAGAUCCUGACCUCUUGUAUGUGAUCAAAUUCCUGGCCGAGGAGGGAAUACCAGGACUUCCACCAGGGGGAGGCAUCACCAGCAAGCGAGACUGUAUCAUCUCUUCUUAUCAGAAACACAUCGCGGCUCUUAAGACUCCUGAUCCAAUGGACAUCGGGGGAUCUGAAGAGGACUCCAGUUAAAGCAAUGAUGUUGAAAACUGAAAUGUAUGAUAAAUAUAUAUUAUGAUUUCUUUGUUGGUAUCCUGGAUAAACAUCAAAAUAUUUUUUGUUACAUUCUUAAACUGUAACACUGAUCAAUAUGUGUCAUAUUAGAAGUGUCUGUAUACGGCAGCUAAUUGUACACUCACAGGGCAUAUCAUGAGGCACACCUGCAGAGCAGCUGCAUCAACCAUUUGGCUAAUUUAUCUAUGUAUAGUCGUCCCUCACCACAUCGCAUUGCAGAUAUUACAGCUUCAGCACAUUACGGAUAGUUUUUUGGAUAUUUUAAAUCUUAUAAAUUCUUAUAAGACAAUAAUAAAGCUGUGGAGGGGGGCGUGUCCUGCGGGCCUGCAGCGACAGGUGCGAAUAUGUCACACCUGGGCCUACUUAUCUAGUCACCUGUUGCUGACUUCGAGCCCUGUCCUGGCACACCCUGCAGGCCACGCCCCCCUCCACAUAGGCAUUUUCCAGCAUGAAAUGGUUAAAUAGACAAAAAAAAUUCAAUACGACUGUAGUGCUGGCCAAUAGAGGAGACCAAACUAUUCAGUAUCAUGGCCACCGAUUGGCUCAACCUCAGGCAGCACUACUACAUUGCAUUAAAAGAGUGUAAAGGUAACUAUCGGGUGUUAUUUCUUGUCUAGAAGGCUCUAAUAACGUUUAAAACAUGUUUAAAAAGGCCGAAGACAGUUUUUUACGCUCUAGCUAUCAAAAUAUUUGAUUUAUAAUAACGAUUUGCGGAAAUUCAUUUGUUGCAGUUAAAUCCGCAACCUACAGUGAUACGACGAGGAACGACUGUACUGUAUUGUGUAAACUGCCCUAUAGGGGGCGACAUAUUGCUAUCAUGCAUCUGGGGAUAGGUUGAUUGUCAACACUAAAUUGGCCCUAGUGUGUGAAUGUGAGUGUGAAUGUUGUCUGUCUAUCUGUGUUGGCUCUGCAACUUGUCCAGGGUGUACCCCGCCUUCCGCCCGAAUGCAGCUGAGAUAGGCUCCAGCACACCCACAACCCUGAACGGGACAAGCGAUAGAAAAUGGAUUAAAGUGAAUAGGAAACAUCGAUCCAUCCAUUUUCUACCGCUUGUCCCUUUUACCAAAGAAAUAACUUGCAAUGAAAAUGUCCAAAAUAUGAAUUACAUGUAAAUGAAAUGACUAACUAAUUGAGAAUGAUUUAUAAUAUAAUUGAUAAUUUAUCAAUUUAUUAACAUUUAUUUUUAUCACCAAUUUCUAAUGUAGUAUGGGUAAAAUGUUAGAAAUUAAUGUUGCAAAUUAAAAAUAUUUUUUCUUUUAGAUAAUUACAAAAUACUAUAAAAAGUUUUUGAAUCGCAUCUCAGUAUUAAAAUAUAUUGUUGAACUAAAAACACCAAAGUUAAAGGCCUACUGAAACCCACUACUACCGACCACGCAGUCUGAUAGUUUAUAUAUCAAUGAUGAAAUAUUAACAUUGCAACACAUGCCAAUACGGCCUUUUUAGUUUACUGAAUUGCAAUUUUAAAUUUUGCGCGAAGUAUCCUGUUGAAAACGUCGAAGUAUGAUGACGCUUAUAUUGACGCGUGCGUUUGACGUCACCGGUUGUAGCGGACAUUUUUUUUCCAGCCCAAUCCAAGCUAUAAGUAGUCUGGUUUAAUCGCAUAAUUACACAGUAUUCUGGACAUCUGUGUUGCUGAAUCUUUUGCAAUUGUUUCAAUUAAUAACGGAGAUGUCAAAGUAGAAAGAUGGAGGUGGCAAGCGGUGUAUUGCAGCUGCCUUUAGCAACACAAACACAGCCGGUGUUUCCUUGUUUAAAAUUCCCGUAGUUGAAGCUUUUUAACUAUGGAACGGAGCAGUCAAGCGAACAUGGUUCCCGACCACAUGUCAACCGGCAGGUUUCGGUGAGAAAAUUGUGGUAAUAAGUCGGCUCUUACAGUGGACAUAAGCGGAGCUUGCGUCCUCCUGCAGCUGCGUGGCUUCUCUUCAGAGACACUGGCGGUCACCACACCCACGGACACACCCCUCCGACUUUCAGGUACCAUAUAAUCUCACUAAAACACUAGUAACACAAUAAGCAGAUAAGGGAUUUUCCAAAAUGAUCCUAGUAAAUCUAAAUCGCUCCCACUGCCCUCGUCUUUUUUUUUUUUCAAUCAAUCAAUCAAUCAAUCAAUGUUUACUUAUAUAGCCCUAAAUCACUAGUGUCUCAAAGGGCUGCACAAACCACCACGACAUCCUUGGUAGGCCCACAUAAGGGUAAGGAAAACUCACACCCAGUGGGACGUCGGUGACAAUGAUGACUAUGAGAACCUUGGAGAGGAGGAAAGCAAUGGAUGUCGAGCGGGUCUAACAUGAUACUGUGAAAGUUCAAUCCAUAAUGGAUCCAACACAGUCGCAAGAGUCCAGUCCAAAGCGGAUCCAACACAGCAGCGAGAGUCCCGUUCACAGCGGAGCCAGCAGGAAACCAUCCCAAGCGGAGGCGGAUCAGCAGCGCAGAGAUGUCCCCAGCCGAUACACAGGCGAGCAGUACAUGGCCACCGGAUCGGACCGGACCCCCUCCACAAGGGAGAAUGGGACAUAGGAGAAAAAGAAAAGAAACGGCAGAUCAACUGGUCUAAAAAGGAGUCUAUUUAAAGGCUAGAGUAUACAAAUGAGUUUUAAGGUGAGACUUAAAUGCUUCUACUGAGGUGGCAUCUCGAACUGUUACCGGGAGGGCAUUCCAGAGUACUGGAGCCCGAAAUGAAAACGCUCUAUAGCCCACAGACUUUUUUUGGGCUUUGAGAAUCACUAAUAAGCCGGAGUCCUUUGAACGCAGAUUUCUUGCCGGGACAUAUGGUACAAUGCAAGAUAGGAUGGAGCUAGACCCUUAACUUUUUCUUUUUUUUUCUAGUCCUUCACUCUCACUAUCCUCAUCCAAGAAUUUUCAUCCUCGGUCAACUAAUGGGGAAAUUGUCGCUUUCUCGGUCUGAAUCGCUCUAGUUUCUGGUGGCUAUGAUUGUAAACAAUGUUCAGAUGUGAGGAGCUCCACAACCCGUGACGUCACGUGCACAUCGUCUGCUACUUCCGGUAAAAGCAAGGCUUUUUUAUUAGCGACCAAACGUUGCGAACUUUAUCGUCGAUGUUCUCUACUAAAUCCUUUCAGCAAAAAUAUGGCAAUAUCGCGAAAUGAUCAAGUAUGACACAUAGAAUGGACCUGCUAUCCCCGUUUAAAUAAGAAAAUCUCAUUUCAGUAGGCCUUUAAAUAAUAUCUUUAUAAGUGGGAAGUGUCAUUAAAUAUUGUGCAGGUGUACAUAAUGAUGUGUCGCGUGACUGUCUAUAACUGAUACUGUAUAAAACAAUAUAACAUGCACAAUAAGCAGUGUUGUCAACACGUGCACCAGUUCAUCACGCGUGUGAAUACAGUGGAGCCUCCCCAGUAAUAAGUUGGCACGAUGCUGUCAGGGUUCAAAGGGCGAGCAGGAAGGACAGUGGAUAAAUACAGUCAAUAUGAAUACCCAGGCAGGUUGGAAAGCGAGUGUGAUGCGAGGAAUUAGCACGCAUGCCUUAUAAAAAUGUGCAAGGCACUUUGGAAGGCUGUGUGAGGAGUUGCAUCACAAUUUUAAAACACGCCCACUGCUUACAUUUGGAUCGAUACUGUAAAAUUUGAUGUGAUGUAAAUCUGCAUAAAAUGGCUGUCAUUCCUGAACUAUACAUUUUUGAAACAUCUUAAAUAAAGUUGAAAGUCUGU